AUGCAAUUUCAGCUUGCUUUCAUUGCAACACUCCUUGUCGUUCUUUAUGCCGGAAAUGUCGACGCGCUACCAGCCAAACGAGGAGCUGGUAUGGUCUCUUUGCCCCUUCGCCGGGUGCAGCAAUUGAAGCGUGAUGUCCACCCCCAUAUCCUGAUGCAGCAACAUAUCAACCGGAGUCAGCGCCGCUUCGCACGAAUGACUGGACGCGACGGGCCUACAGACGCUGAUCUUGUCUCCAACCUUGAGAAGCGACUGUUCUUGCUUCCCAUUAGCACCAAAGCUCAAACCAAAGAAGGCGGCUCUGAUCCCAUUGUCGCGGCUACGGAUAACGCGGACGGUGUAUCAGACGUCGAGAUCGAAGCGCUAGCCAACGGAGGGAUCGCGUUCGCUGACACACCUGCAGCGGACAAUUCCAUCGGCCUGGACAUCAUUGCCAACGACGUUGGGUAUUUCGCAACCAUCCUUCUUGGGACGCCCCCUCGCGAGUUCCGAGUGAUCAUGGAUUCUGGGUCCGCCGAUUUAUGGGUUGGUGCUGAAGACUGCGACUCGGAUACAGCUACCGGAUGCGGAAACCACGUCUUCUUGGGAGGCAUCAGCUCAACCACCUUCGAGGACUCUCAAAGGCCGUUCCAAAUCACAUACGGGACAGGCGCUGUUGUCGGAACAAUCGUUCGCGAUAACCUCAAGCUCGCCGGCCUCUCACUUGACGGUCAUAUCUUCGGUGUUGCCCACAACGAAUCAAAGGAAUUCGCUGGCAAUGAUGUUGCCUUUGAUGGUAUUUUGGGCACUGCGCAAUCCACGCUCUCGAACCAGAAAACUUUAACCGCCGUCGAAUCUCUGGCUCAGAAUGGCCUCAUUCAAGACCCCAUCACGUCUUACAAGAUUUCCCGCCUCGACGACCAGAAGAACGACGGCGUCAUCACCUUCGGCGGCCUCGACGAGACCAAAUUCGAUCCUUCUACCCUCGUCACUGUCGAUAACCUCUCACGUGUGGGCUUCUGGGAAGCCGCCAUGGACAAGAUUACCGUCGAUGGCGCGGACACCCGCCUCACCCGCCGUACUGCUAUCCUCGACACCGGCACCACCCUGAUCCUCGCACCCGACGCCGACGCGAGGGCCCUGCACCAAGCCAUUCCCGGUGCGCGCUCAGACGGCCAAGGGGGGUUCAUCAUUCCCUGCACGACCAACGCGACUAUCGCAUUGACCUUUGGAGGCCGAGAGUUCACUAUCGAUCCCAGAGACUUGGUGUUUGCGCCUCUCAACUUGAACGAUCCUACUGGCGACUGCUUCUCUGGUAUCACUUCAGGCAGCAUUGGAGGUGCCAACCAGUGGCUUGUUGGAGACGUCUUCCUGAAGAGUGCAUACUUCUCGCAUAAUGUGAAGACGAACUCGAUGUCCCUUGCUGCGUUAGCGUGA